AUGUCCGGGAACAGCGACUACUUGAGCGCCUUGCGCGACUACAAUGAUCGCCUGCAAGAACACAUCCUGCGCCGAACUCUCAUGAUCGAGUACGAAAUGGACAGCCUUCUGGGGCUACGAUUUGCUCUAAUAUCUCUGCAGGCCCCGACUCGCAAACGAAAACGGCACACUGAGCCUCUCGCUGCUCAGGGGACGUGUUGGACUGUGGACACCGCGGUGGGCCGCCAUCGCUGGAGCACAGACCUUCUCGAAGCACUCAACACGGAGGCGGGGAAGGCAAACUGCAAAACAGCGCUGUAUGCCCGCGAAAAAGAGCGCUGGUGCGCAGUCGCAGAGGCAUUUUGUCGCGCCGGGCACCCACCAUUCACCCCAUACGAGUUGUUCACCAAGUACAAAGAGAUGCACUGUGAUUCAAGGCCAUGUUCGCUUAGUGAGGCUCAGUUCGUGUGCCAGUAUGUCCGUGAAAAAGGCCUUGACUGGCAGGGGCUGUGUCAAAGUCUGCUUCAAUGUUUGGGGUACGCACGCUCACCGUUUCAAGUUGCCCAGCAGUACCGCCAGAGUUUGCGGUGCGCUUUUGUGGAGAAUCGACUCGCGCCAUCGCAGCUCCUCAGUCUACUUGAAAACCUGUCCGCCUCCCCGCAUCCUCGUGACUUUGCCGCACUCUCGGUUGAAGCGCAGAGAUUCACCCCACACAAGACACUCCAGGUAAGCCCACUUUACUUGAAGAGGGAGCUGGAACCCCUGGACUUUGCCGCCCGGGUACCGGCGUGCCACCAGCUCUACUGGAAGCUGGUGAACCUUCUGUGCAACUUCUCCUUCUCGCACCCCAACCGCCUCGAUGCGUUGCAGCACAAGGUGCCCUUCUGCUACCAGCAGCUUUCCCUGGCCGACCUGGCGUGCUCCCUUCAGUGUGGAACUGUGGAACUGCGCGAAAGAGUUCUUCAGGCACUCCUGCGUCUCAGUCGCUCGCCAGAGACACUCAACUAUGAGGAAUGCUCCAAGAAGCUCUUCGGGUCGGCUUGCGGUGCACGGCUGAUCUACCAAAUCGCCGCGAACCUGCGCGAAAAAGACACCUGA